UCACCCUCCGACUAAUAACACACAGGGGAUAAUUAUGGCAGAGGGCUAGGCGUCCCCCUCGAAGCGGCCAUGCGCCGCGGAAGAGCUUGUCGACGACCCACGCCCACAUGGCUUAGACAUCACACCAAUCUGCUGCCUGGCGUCGCUUUUGUCGUUUCGCGCCCUUCUUCUUCUUCUGCUCUCUUUUCUCUUCUGCUUUUGUUAAUAACAUUUCGUCCAUUUCGUGCAGUUCGCCCAUAAUGCGUUCCUACGCGCAAAAAGGUCUCAUUGCUGCCCUCGUCUUCGCCACCCAGGUUGUCAUUGUUUCCGCCGCCGAAGAUAGGCCCAAGGGAAAUUUCCGCCAAUGUCUCGAAGUAUCGCCUGAAUGCCCCGUUUUCGCUACGCUCUACGGAUACAGGCCAAAUCUCGGUGCCAAUGCCUUCCUCUGCGCUCUCUUCGCUCUUUGCUGCCUUGCUAGCAUUAUCAUCGGCAUCAUGAGCAAGACAUGGACGUACACUCUUGCCCUGGGCAUCGGAACUUUUCUCGAAGCCGCUGGAUACGCCGGCCGCAUUAUCAUGAACGGUAACCCAUGGAGCGAGUCUGGUUUCAAACUGCAAAUUUGCUGUCUCGUCCUCGGUCCUAGUUUCGUUGCUGCCGCCAUCUACCUCACGCUGAAGCACUUUGUUCUGUACUGCGGGCCUCAGCAUUCACUCAUCAAACCUCGUCUCUAUCCAUGGAUCUUUGUCGGCUGCGAUUUCGGCUCCAUUGUGCUUCAGGCUGUCGGUGGAGGCAUGGCAGCUGCCGGUGGCACUACCAGCAAGAAACUCAUUGAUGGUGGCAACAAUCUCAUCGUAGCUGGUAUCGCAUUCCAGGUUGUCACCAUGGUAGUGUGCGGUGUGCUCAUUCUGAUCUACAUCUUCCGAUACUACAAGGCUCGCCAGAACCGCGACGCGCUGAACGAGAAGAGCAGCUACGAGAUGGACAAGGAAGCUGGUAGUGUCUCCCUUGGAAAAGUCAAGCUUUUCGGUGGUGUCAUUGUGUUGGCGUACCUCACUGUGCUUAUCCGUUGCAUAUACCGUUUGCCAGAGAUGGCUGGUGGUUGGGGUAAUGCGCUGAUGCGUAAUGAGCGGGAGUUUCUUUUGCUUGACGGAAUGAUGCUUGGUAUCGCAUGCGCAGUGCUCACUGCGUUCCACCCCGCAUACUUCUUCCCCCCUUUCGCUGCUUUCCGCCGUAGCAAGUAAUCGUCCUACCUUCGCUUCGAAUCUUUAGAAUUAUAGAAUAGGAUCUGUUUUAAAGACAUAGCCGGAUUUCCAACUUUUUUAGACUCGAAUGGGUCCUUCCAUUCGUAAUGUAGCAUAGCGACAGUGGAUAAGGAAUAGUAUUUUGCCUAUAU